AGCGCGCAUGCGCAGUGAAAAGGAAACUGCUGAAGCUCGUUUUGGUGGGUAUGUGAGGCUGAGUCGGUGCGGAUGAGAGAAAGAGAAAAAGGGAGAGAGAGAGAGCGAGUGCGUGCGUGCGUGUGAGGGAGGGAGUGAGAGAGAGAGUGAGAGUGAGUUUGGGGUCCACACUUUUGUCGGCCGCUGACCUGCGCGCGUGCCCUCGGAUAAAAGGGAGAGGAGAGAAAAAGGGGGGGAAGCGAAAGGCCUGGAAUGACGGGAGCGUCCGAAGAGCUGAUUUAAGUGAAUAGGCACAAAAGCAGGGGGCACCGCGCAGCCAGAGCAGACAGCCGAGCAGAAGCAGAGAUCACAAACCCAGCGGGAGGAGGCUCGGUCGUUGGAUUGCCCCUGAAAGAGUUUAAACCGUGUUGAGAGUGGAAAAGCUCACUUACUAGACAGAGAUGGCAGAUGCAGAUUUGGACUUCACGACAGGUGAUGCUGGUGCUUCUGCCACCUACCCCAUGCAAUGUUCUGCCCUGCGCAAGAACGGGUUUGUCGUGCUCAAGGGCCGACCAUGCAAGAUUGUGGAGAUGUCCACUUCCAAGACUGGCAAACACGGUCAUGCAAAGGUCCACAUGGUUGGCAUCGACAUCUUCAGUGGCAAAAAGUAUGAGGAUAUCUGUCCCUCAACCCACAAUAUGGACGUUCCUAACAUCAAGAGAAUGGACUAUCAGCUGAUUGGCAUACAGGAUGGCUACCUGUCUCUUCUUCAGGACAGUGGUGAAGUCAGAGAAGACUUGAAAAUGCCUGAGGGUGACCUGGGCAAAGAGAUAGAGGGCAAGUUUGAUGCCGGAGAGGAGAUCCUGAUCACUGUCCUGUCUGCAAUGAAUGAGGAGGCUGCAGUGGCCAUUAAAGCCAUGGCUAAAUAAAACACAGCAGAUGUGGGCCUUUACAAAAAAAAUCUAUAUUCCCAGGUAUUGGCAAGAUGCACUGGACCUGGAAAGAAGGAGAGAAUUACACCUCAGCAAUGCUAUUCUCCCUCUUUUUCUCUUUAUUUUUCAUUCUUUAUUUGUUUCUCUCUCUCCCUCUCUGUACUUUUUAGCCUACUUUUGGGUUGAAAAACUAGAAAGAAAAAAAAAAAAAGAAUAAAUAAUUGGAAAUUGUUGUAAGCAGACAAGAAUCUCUGUAAAUAUACUGAAUAUACAUUAAUCAACACUAUUUUGAAUGUAUAUAAUAGAGAAGAAAGACAGAAUGACAAACAUGCUAUGGCUAUCUCUCUAGCCUUAAGCACUGUAAUAGCAGAGGGCUUUGCCCUCCUGCAGAGGCAUCUCAUAUUUACGAGUAUGUCUUUUCAUUUUGUCUUGCUUGGAGUUUUAUUUCUUUUUCGGAAUAUUUCCAUCUGUCCCAGUUCCACCCCUUUCAUACAUUCUUUGCCACUUUCAAUUGGGAUCUCAAGUACGUAGCUAAACCUGCGUUUAGUGACUUAUUUUAUUACAGAUUGCAGCGAAAGCCACAUUCUGCAGUAAAAGACAGGAGCGAAGGCCGUGUGGAGUAGGCCGUGGUGUAAUCCCUUCGCUGGAGGAGGGCUAAGUCAACUACUUUUACCUCACAAUAGUCAAAAUACAAAGGAUACAGGUUGAGUUGCCACCUCAACACAGACAGAUAGAAAGAUAGAUUUAGACCCAUUACACAUUAUAAUAAGGAGCAUCACAUAGAAUUGUGGGUUCAGCAAGUCUUCAGAACUACACUAAAAGGGUUACAGAAAAGGAGAUUCAGCUAGAAAAUAAAAUAGUAUAAAUGAGUAUAGUGUGCAUAUGGUUUGGCCUCAGUAUGUUGUUGGGCUUAUAAUGAUGAAAUGACAUCCCAUCAUUGUCAUACAUUUACAUCCCAGCCACGUAGACUGUCGGUCAAAUGAGACUGUACUGACAAAGGUUACACUUUGAAUUCAUUUUAUUUUAUUGUUUGGUAGGCUCAGAUAUUGAGCAUGGUGUCAAAACCAUUUCUCAUUUCACUUUCAUAUAUGAGCAAAACAUCUGUUUGUUCCAUGACUGUGAUAAACAAUUUGUAUAAAACCAAGAGAAUCCCUCAGCCCAACAUUAAAAAGAGCACAUGAACCUUGCCUUUUUGUUUUUAGUGUCUGAGGGGGAUUCAUCGGUGCAGCACAGCUACAUGCUGUCAUUGUUUAGAAUUAUUGAAGCCCUUGAUGGAAACAAGCAAAUAUUCUGUAUUAAAUUAAAAAGAGCUGUAUUUAAAACUGUUUUUUUUUAUUGAGUAACAUUUCUUCUUUUGAAACUGUAGCUAUGGCAGAGUCUUAAAUAAAAUCAAGCAGUUACAUCUG